GACACGAGGACCACCAUGCAGACCUACGGACCCGCAACGCUCUUGAUCCUGCUGGGCCUCGGGGCUCUCUCCGGGGCGUGGGAGAAGAGACGAGCGUAUCACCCGAGCAAUGAGGACUUGAGGCGAACCGAGGGCUUCGAAGACGAAGCGCUCGAAGACACAGAAGCACGCUGGGAGCAUAGGGCUAAUGGAGGGGCCUCACCGCUUCUCCGCAUCCAGUCCACUGCGGGUUCGAUCGAUUCAAUUCCGUCUUCUCCUCCUGGUUCUUCAAGCGGAAUCCCACCACAGCUCGAGGGUUCUUGCAAAGCUCCUUACGAAUGUUCACCCUAUUACCUCUGCCACGGAAAGGACAUCAUCACCAAUGGGUCUGGGAUCAUAGACGUCCGCUUCGAGGAAGGAGUGGGAUCCAAGCUGGUGGGUGGGAACUGCCCCACCUUCCUGGAAGUCUGCUGCAGGGACCCAUUAGCAUUCAGCAUAUCCAUCUCCGAGCCGUAUAUACAUCACUGUGGCAAUAGACACGAAAAAGGGAUCCAAGUGCAGCUAGUGCUCAACAACGCAAGCUACCACUCAGAGUCCCAGUUCGGCGAGUUCCCGUGGAUGACAGCCAUCCUGUACGAGGAGCCCGACCAGCAGGGGAGCGUGCAGUCCUUGUACCAAUGCGGUGGCUCCCUCAUUCAUCCCCAGGCCGUCCUCACCGCCGCUCACUGCGUUGAAAAGAACAUUUUUGAUUACAACAGACUGAAGGCCCGUUUUGGAGAGUGGGACAUGCAAUCAGAACACGAGCCCUUGCCGUACCAGGAACGAAGGAUCAAACACAUCGUGAUCCACGAGGACUACAACCGGCAGACACGAUUCAAUGAUUAUGCCAUAAUGAUUCUGGAUUCUCCUGUCGAACUGGACGAUAACAUCGACACCGUCUGCCUGCCUGGACCCCAGAUGAGUUUCGUCGGGCAUCGAUGCUACGUCACUGGUUGGGGGAAAUCGGCGUUCGGAAAGGAUGGGCGUUACCAGAGGGUGUUGAAGAAGAUCGAUCUGUCGGUGGCGGAGCGGGAAUGGUGCCAGGAGAAACUGAGAGCGAUGGAAGUUCUCUCCAGCUUUUCUGUUCUCCAUCCCAACUUCCUCUGUGGCGAAUCCGGCAAGGAUGCCUGCAAAGGAGACGGAGGGAGCCCCCUUGUGUGCCAGGACCCAGCGACGAACUCGUACGUCCAAGUCGGAAUCGUUUCCAGAGGGAUCGGAUGCGAGGAACGGGACGUCCCGAUCGUCUUCACUGACGUCUCCAAAGCUUAUCCUUGGAUCAGCAACGUCAUGACGACGCUCACCCAAUAUCAAGUCCGUUUGGGAGAAUGGGACACCCAAGACCAAACCGAGCAGUUACAGCACGAGGAACGAAGGAUCACAAAAAUCGCGAUCCACGAGGAUUAUGACGAGCGAACCCAGUUCAGCGACUACGCCGUGUCGAUCCUGGACUUAUACGGCGGUGGAGCUGGACGAUCGCAUCGACACCGUCUGCCUGCCGAGACUCGGAACGAUUUUCGCCGGGCAUCAGUGCUUUGUCACGGGAUGGGGGAAAACCUGGAACGAGGGGCCAUACCAGCAAGCGUUGAAGAAGAUCGAACUGCCGGGGGUGGAGCAGUCCCUGUCCAAGGAGAAACAAGCCAAACGAUGCUCUUCCUUCAUUCCAAUUCCGUGCCGGGGAAAAACUCGGGCGACAGAGGGAGACCACUGGCGUGCCUGGACCCAUUGACGAACAACUACGUCCAGACCGGGAUCGUGUCGUGGGGGAUCGGGUGCGGGGAGCGGAACAUCCCGGGGGUCUACGCGGAUGUCGCGAAGGCUUCCGAUUGGAUCGAUGAGAUUAUUUCGACGAGCGUUACGAGUAUACGCGAGGCAUUUCGGAAGAUCCUUGGAAACUCCGAGGCCCUCGCAAGGCGGGAGAAUCUCUUUUUCCUUUGA